GGCUGGAAGUGGAAGAUGGACCGAUUCAGACCGGAGAUGAGGGUUCGGCCCAAGGUGAAAGUUUCCCCCACGAAAUCGGGGUCCCAGCCCCACUCCCACCUGCUGGUUUGCUCGGUGACGGGGUUUUACCCCUCGGGGAUCGAGAUCCAGUGGCUGAAGAACGGGCAGGAGCAGACGGCCGGGGUGGUGUCCACGGAGCUGCUCCAGAACGGAGACUGGACCUUCCAGAUCCUGGUGAUGCUGGAGAUGAGCCCCCGGCGCGGGGACGUCUACACCUGCCAGGUGGAGCACAUCAGCCUGCGGGGGCCCCUCGCCGUGCACUGGGGAGUGUUCUUCUGACCUUGCUGCCGGGGCCCCCCCUCCCGCGCUGCCCCCGCUCCCCGGCUCCCCCUGCCUCAUUGGCUCGGGGCUGGCAACUGUGGGCGCGGAGCUGAGCAAGCCCAGAGAAAUAGAGAAGU